AUGAGUUACUACGGCAGCUACUAUGGAGGCCUGGGCUUUGGUUUCCAUGGCUUUGGAAACCGUGGUUAUGGCUUUGGCUGUGGCUGUAGCUUUGGAGGCUAUGGUUCUGGCUCUGGCUAUGGAAGAUAUGGGUAUGGCUACCGCCGCCCAUUUUAUUAUGGAGGAUAUGGAUUCUCUAGCUUCUACUGA